AUGGCCUCGUUGCGCAGGCCCAAUCGGGCGAGUGACGGCGGAAAUGGCCACGGUCAUAACCAGGCCGACGGCGUGUGCACGAGUUCAUUUAUCGUGUCUAAUAUGCACUGUCCAACCUGCGUCUCAGCCAUCAAGCACGACAUAAACGAGAACUUCCCUGGCAGCAUCCGAUGGGUUUCACCAAACAUUGUGACCUCAGUCGUCACCGUGGAACACGACCCGGAUGUCGUACCCAAGCGCAUGGCUGACGUCCUGGAGGAAGCCGGCUAUGAGGUCUCGGGCAUGAGCUCCACGGCUGCUGGUUCCGACGGCGGCUUUGCCUCUCCGGUCGACGCCACUGCCCAGUGUUGCAGCGAGGACGGUGCGGAAGAAGCACGUCCAAACCCGUCUUCUGCCCUCUCAAAUUGGCUCUCGGGAGACCGGUCGCGGUCAGAGGCCGCCAGGGUCCAUCUACUAAACUGCGAGCAAUGCCGCAACUCUCAGGCGGCAUCACCCACCAGAGAGCCUGCUCAUGACCAGACGAACGGCACGCAUUCUCUGUCAGCGUCAUCUUCAGGCAGCCGACGUCCUUCGCCAGAUCAGCGGAAAUCACCGCAGACCAAGUCUGGCCCAAUGUCUUUUGUCACAGUCGAAUCGGAUGAGAGCAACUCUCCGGAAUCAUGGCGGGCGACUUUUGCGGUGGGCGGAAUGACUUGCGCUUCUUGUGUCAACACUAUCAAAGAUGCCUUGGAGAAGAAGGACUGGACUACUGCAGUCGCUGUCAAUCUUGUAUCCAACAGCGCGACUGUCGACUUCACCGGGAAGGAGCACACUGACGAUAUAGUCGAGUCCAUCGAGGAUAUGGGCUAUGAGGCGGCUUUGGACAAGGUUGAGCCCAUCAAAGAGGAGAAGGCCGAGACCCAGGAGAGGACAGUGGAGCUCGCACUCCAGGGUGUGUACUGCAAACACUGUCCUGCCCGCGUCGUUAAUAGUCUGGCGGGUUUCCGCCGGCAUCUGUGGAUCAUCACGGAGCCCACCCAGGCCCGGCCCAUCAUGAAGAUCUCUUACGUGCCAGAUGCCCCCAACUUUACAAUACGGCAGAUUCUGGCAGCUGUGCAAGCGAGCGACCCGGCCCUGAGAGCUUCCAUCCACCAUCCACCAAGCCUAGAAGAGCGGUCCAAGGCGGCCCAACGGAAGCACCAAUGGCAGCUGUUGUACCGGGCUCUAGGGACCUUGAUCGUGGCAAUCCCAACAUUCAUCAUUGGCAUUGUAUACAUGUCUCUAAUACCUGAAGACAAUCCCAGCAAGCACUACCUCAUGAUGCCGUGGACCUCAGGCAUUAGCCGCGCCCAGAUCGCCCUGUUUGUCCUGUCCACGCCCGUUUACUUCUUCGCUGCCGACGUUUUCCACAGACGCGCUAUCAAAGAGAUCCGGACCUUGUGGCGGAAGGGAAGUAAGGUUCCUAUACUGCGGAGGUUCUAUCGCUUUGGCAGCAUGAAUACUCUAAUGUCUCUCGGCACGACUAUUGCCUACGUGUCUUCGGUAGCUCAGCUGAUUGCUGCUGGCGUGCACAAGCCCGAAAAGGUCAACGACACAGACUUUUACUUUGACUCGGUCGUCUUUCUGACGCUGUUCCUCCUCUUUGGGAGGUGGAUAGAGGCAUACAGCAAGUCCAAGACUGGCGAUGCGGUGUCAGCCCUCGGCAAACUUCGUCCCACCGAGGCUGUCCUUGUGGAGCGGGAUGCGGGCGGCAAGGAAACCGACAGCGUUGUUAAAGCCGAUCUGUUGGAUUUUGGAGACACAGUACGCAUUAGGCACGGGUCAUCACCACCCGCAGACGGUGUCAUCGUCCAGGGAGAAAGCAACUUCGACGAGUCCAGCCUUACUGGCGAAGCCCGUCUCAUCAAGAAGAGCCCCGGGGAAGCUGUCUACGCGGGCACUGUCAACAAGGGGCAACCCAUCUUGCUUCAGAUCACUGGGGCGGCAGGCACCUCGAUGCUGGACCAAAUCGUGAACGUCGUGCGCGAAGGCCAGACGAAGCGCGCUCCUAUGGAGCAGAUUGCCGACGUUCUCACAACUUAUUUCGUGCCUGUUGUUACUCUUGUCGCCAUCCUCACCUGGCUCAUUUGGAUGAUCCUGGGCCUAAGUGGGGUCCUUCCCGACGAUUAUCUGGAUGUCACGUCCGGUGGCUGGGUUGCGUUUGCCCUUCAAUUUGCUAUCUCUGUUUUCGUGGUCGCGUGCCCCUGUGGUCUCGGCCUCGCUGCUCCCACGGCCAUCUUCGUUGGCGGUGGGCUCGCCGCCAAGUAUGGUAUUCUCGCCAAGGGUGGCGGCGAAGCUUUCGAGAAGGCCAGCCGGAUCGACUGUGUCGUGUUCGACAAGACAGGCACAUUGACCGAGGGUGGUCAGCCAAGCAUCACCGACUUCAACUACUAUCCCGACAGCGUUAGUGAACCCGAGGGAAAGGAAGCGAUGCUGGCUGCUGUAAAGGCUGUCGAAGAAGGCAGCAGCCACCCAGUUGCCAAAGCCAUCGCUUCGUUCUGCGCGAAUCAGGAAAUCGACCCAGACGUCAAGGUUGACGACCUACAUGAGAUCCCAGGCAAGGGAAUGAGGGCGAAAUACCACACCGGAAAGCAGGAUUUCGACAUUCUCGUUGGCAACGAGGCCCUUAUGUUGGAACACCGCGUACAGAUUUCGAAUAGAGUCAUCGAACUACUACACAAGUGGAAAGGCGAGGCAAAGUCCAUCGCCCUCGUCGCGACCCUGCAGACGACAAGCGAGACGUCUUUGGAUGGGCAAAUCAACAGCGAGGCACCUAGUGCUGGAUCUCCCACGAGUUGGUGGGCGAUUGCUGCUGUACUCUCUAUCUCCGAUCCUAUUCGCCCCGAGGCGCCUACGAUCGUGCGCGCCCUUCAAUCCCGUGGCACCCGCGUCUGGAUGCUCUCGGGUGACAACGACAUCACCGCCAGGGCGGUAGCAACGCGCAUCGGCAUCCCGCCUGACCAGGUCAUAUCUGGCGUUCUACCGACGCAGAAGGCAGACAAGAUCACGUACCUGCAGUCGACGCUCAAGGCCGACAAUGAGAAGUCGGACAGGCGGGCGACGGUGGCCAUGGUCGGGGACGGGAUCAACGACUCGCCGGCGCUGACCAAGGCGGACGUGGGGAUCGCGAUCGGGUCCGGGUCGGACGUGGCCAUCAGCUCGGCCGAGUUCGUGCUGGUCAAGUCGGACCUAUGGGCCGUGGUGACGCUCCUGGAGCUGUCGCAGGCUGUCUUCCGCCGCGUCAAGGUCAACUUCGCCUGGGCCCUCGUCUACAACCUCAUCGCCGUGCCUGUCGCCGCCGGCGUGCUCUACCCCGUCGUCAGCCGCGGCAGCCACGUCAAGCUCGACCCCGUCUGGGCAAGCCUGGCCAUGGCGCUGUCGAGCAUCUCCGUCGUCAUGAGCAGCCUCGCGCUGAGAAGCGGCAUCCCCGGCAUCGGCUUCAAGGAGAGGAAGCGCGAGACCACGCUCUAG